AUGGAUGUUACAGCAUUUGACAUGUAUGACUACGGCAGAGCAAAAAUAGCUGCCAACCUCCGGUGGCUGUUGACAAAAGCCUAUGGCACCGACCAUAUUCCAGAGGACUUAAGGGACCCGUUCUACACAGAUCAAUAUGACCAGGAACACAUAAAGCUGCCUGUCAUACGCCUACUGCUGUCCUGUGAGCUCUACUGCCGUGUCUGCACCCUCAUCCUCAAGACGGAGCAGGCAGUGUCUCUUCAGUCCCACCUGUCCUUCAUCCAGGCCCUGUCCAGAAAGGGGAUUUAUGUCGUGGACAGUGACGAUACGCCCGUCACAGAUGGAGACCUGGCCUGUGUGCCCAUCAAAAUGAGUGCCCACAUGGCCAUGAUUGAUGCCCUCAUGAUGGCCAACACAGUGAUGAAUAGCGCAGAGAGUGUCCGCAAGACCUCCUUCGCAGAGCGUAAAGCCCAGCAGCAGCUCUGUGGCAGCUCCAGAAGGAGCACCGCAGAUGGAUCAGAGAACAGCGGGCCCUCCUGGAGGCUUUCAAGAGUCCAGAGCCCCUUCUCACCCGUGGGAGGAUACUCUCCUACAGGUGACGGUAGCGGUGGUGUCCUGCUACACAUACAUCUGCAGAAGCAACAAGCCAUUGAGCACCAGAGGGAGAAAAGUGAAGUGCUGUCGGCGAGGCAGAAGCUGGGAAAGGCAGCUGUCCUGCACAAAGGUGGAGGCAAGAGUGACUCUUUACCCAGUCCGCUUAAGGCCGGCAUCUCUAAAGAAGAGGUCAAUGGAGAAAAAGGACCAUCAAAUAAAGAUGGCUUAUGUGUAGAGGCCCUGAGGGGGGACAAAGAGGUGGUGGGAACCCCCCCGCCCGGUGCCAUAGAAGCAGAUAAGAAAGGAAGCAGUGGCAGCUUCUACCUUGAGGAAGAGUUGGACCUAAGCGAGUGCAGCCGCUCCAUUGAGCUGCUGAACGACGCCAUCGGCAGCAUCCAGCAGCAGAUGAUGCAGAUGUCACUACAACAGGAGAUGUUGAUGAAACAGAAUGUACAGUCGCCCCCUGCUGGUGCAGCCCUGCCUCCUCCUCAGGCUAGUGACAAGAACAGUGACCCUAAGUCGGGGGCCAGCUUUCAUUAUGUGGAGCAAUGCUCUGGCAGUAACACCGCCCCCACCAGGAAACCCCCCAAGCUGAGCUCAGGCCGGAGCUCCAGAUCCAAACCAUCAGAUCUAAAAAUAGCCAAGGAGCAAGUCCGGCAGGUGUCCAGGACCCUCACCCCCACAAAGAGUGGGUCAGAGACUUUACCACAUAUGAGGCAUUUAGCCGGGGGCAGGUCCCCAAGGGCCGAGCAGCCCGGCAACCCCAGAACCCCCACAGCAGGAGAGACAAUCGACAGGCCGGGCUCUGGCCACAUUCGGAGCGCCACCUUCAGGCUUCAUGACGAGGCAAACAUGCGUCUGCCAACCCGAGUGGACCUGACGGCAGUGACGGCCUCAGAAGUGUCCUUUGACGACUGCCUGUCCAGCACCCUGAGGGAGCCUGAGCUCAACUCUUCAGACGGUUCGGGGAAAGAGAACAUCCCAUCAGAGGAGCUGCAGCGCAGCAGAUCCCACCUGAUCGAGGUCGAUCUGUCUGAGCUGAAGGAUCCUGAGGAAGAGGAGGGUGCUGAGUAUAACACAACAGAAGGAGGGGAUGGAGAGCAGAAGUCAGGCCUGGGCUUCUUCCUCAAGUUCGAGCAGAAGCCCGAGGAUGAGCUUGAACAGAAAAGAGCAGCGUUCUUGCUGAAGCAGCAGAAAAAAGCUGAGGAGGCUCGACAACGUAAACAACAGCUCGAGGGCGAAUCUGAGCUGAAACGAGAUGAAGCAAGACGGAAGGCCGAGGAGGAUCGUCAGCGUAAAGAAGAGAAGAGGAGGAGGCGGGAGCUGCUGAAGCAGGAGUAUCUGCAGAGGAAGCAGCAGGAGAUGUUUCAGGGACUUGAGAAGCAGAAAACACAGAAACACAGUCAGAAGCCGGGGCUCAGAGAGGAAUCCUCCAGUGACACUUUCUCCCAGUGCUCUUCUACACCCGACAACCUGAGCUCUGCCCAAUCAGGAUCCAGUCUGUCUCUGGGCUCCGCCCCGACCAACCAGGCCGACAGCGUCACCUCCGGAGGAGCUGGCUCUCAGCGCUGUGGCACUGGAAAGUGGUUUCUAGGACGACGUCACAACAGUCGAUCUUCAGAAGGACACCGGGAAAACGGCUCCACUGCUGAAUACACUGGUCCCAGGCUGUUCAAGGAGCCCAGCACCAAGUCAAACAAGAAGAUCAUCCACAACGCCAUCUCUCACUGCUGCCUGGCCGGCAAAGUCAGCGAGCCCCAGAGGAACCAGAUCCUACAGGAGCUGGAGAAGUGCGAGUCCAACCACCUGAUGAUCCUGUUUCGUGACGCCGGCUGUCAGUUCCGAGCGCUCUACUCGUACCACCCCGACACCGAGGAGAGCAAGAAGCUGACCGGCACCGGACCCAAGAGCAUCAGCAAGAAGAUGAUCGACAAGCUGUACAAGUACAGCUCCAACAGGAAGCAGUUCACCGUCCUUCCUGGCAAGACUGUGUCGGUGAGCGUGGAUGCCCUGACCAUCCACAACCACCUGUGGCAGGUCAAGAGAAGUGUAUAGCAGGAGGUUGUGUUAGAAGCACCAGACACAGUAGCUGCACCUUGACGUUGGCUGCAAAGAAGAAGAAGCAGAAGAAGCACGAUGUCCCCUUGGGAAUAUCAUCGAACCUGCAGAGCCCCUUGACUCCGCCCCCCCAGCCACUGCUUGAGGAAAUCAUGGAGCCACCCUUACACACGCGCCGCCAGUUUGAUAUACGCGGAGAACCCAACUGUUUCAAGACUGCAAACAUUAUAAUUCAAAUGAUCUAAAUAAAUAUAUACACAUUUAUUAUGUUAAAAAAGCCAUAUGCCUGCACAAAACAACCAAAAAGUGAAGACAUAUUUUUUUGCUUGUUCCCAUAACACCCCCCCCCAUAAUGUGCUAAAUUCAUUAUGUGUAAACUCAAAUGACCUUUUUAAAUAAUUAAAUGAAAAUAAACACUGUGGUCAACUGUGUUAUAGACUAAAGUUGUGCCAUAGAAGAUGAAUGAGGUUCUACACAUUUGAUAAAUCAUUUGUUUGAAAGGUGUCGAGUCUGUUCACCUUGGUUUUGAGCUUGUUUGUCUAACUGAUUUGAAAAUAUGAAUUUUGCGCUGAACACUGGGUUUUCUGGUACAAAGCUUUACUCACAUUACACUGAAUCUAGAGUCAUUCAACAUUAUUAACAUUUACUUAAUGUGAGAUGCUCCAAAAAUAUAUUAAAUAACUUGUUUCCUGUUCUUGCAAUGAGGCAAAGGCACAAUGUCAUAAUCAUAAUGGGCAUAAUCAGAAGAUACAGAACAAGCUGAGUCAUCGUGCUAACCACCACCUGCAUGCUAGCUAGCGGUUAACUCGGUUUACACGUGUUUUUAAACAAAACAAAAAGCUCAGCAACUUUGUUCUGCUUCUACAAAAAGAGAUAAACAUGAUACUUACAAAUGGUUUCCAAGGCAACAACGUAGAGAGGACAAACUGCAGCAGGAGGAACAGUGGCACCCUUAAUUAAGUCUGGUGGCAAUGCCCUGCUCCAAGCUUCUCCCAGAAGGGGGCAGUAUGAUACACAGGUGUCUGCUGGACAUGGACAACCUUCCUUUAAUUCUAUCUGAUUAAUUAUUGAUCAGAUAGAAAAUGUGUUACACUGAGUCACUUGAUUUUUCUGAUGUGUGGAAAUAUGUUUGUAUAGAAGUAAAACUGUUGAGGCAGCAUUGUGUUUUUUUUAUUAUCAUGAUCAGUGUGAAACAAAACUAAGUGAUUUUC